AUGAACUAUAAUGAAUUAAAUUCUGAUGAUUUAGAUCAAUUAUUUAAAGGAAUUCAAUUUAAAUUAGAAGGUAAGGAAGAUUUAUUGAAUUCAUUGAUCCCAAAGUUUUAAGAAAAGUACAAGUUUUUCUAAAUUUAAGAAUCUAAUAAAAAGUAUAAAUCCUAUAAUUAUAUUUAGAUUAUUAGGAAGAUUCUAAUUAAGACUUUCUGAAUUAAUGGAAAAAUGUAAGAACUAAAAUUAAUUCAAUUAUUUAGAUGCCAUUCAAUAGAAAUUGAUAACAUUUAAUUUCAUUAAAAUUCUUGAUUAAAUACAUAAUACAGGAAAUGAAAAUAAAAUUAAGGACAUAGUUCCAUAAUUCAAAUAAUAAACAAAUUGGUAAUAAUAUAAUAAAAUUAACAAAUCUUUAUUCGAAUUUUAUGAAGUACAAUUUUGGAAAUUAUAUGGCAUAUUGUUGUUGAAUGAGUAUCAUUAUAUUAUUAUUAAAGAGAAAACAUAGAAAACAUGAUACUAUAUUAUUAAUCAAAAUAAGAUAACGUUGAAAGAUUAUUAAAGAUAAGUUUAGAAAGAAAUAAGUAAUUUUCUUACAUAAAAUAAUAAAAAUAUCCAUAAUUGGCUACUAUAGAAUAUAAAGCAUAAUAAAUGAAUUUAUCUUAAAUGAAUUGCACUAUGGAAACUUCUUAUUAAAAUAAAAAUAUUAGAAUGUUUGGUAUAUUAACUUAAAAUCAAAAAUUCAAUAGAUUUAAUUCUACAAGUCCAAAAAAGUAUUUAAGAACUAAUUUCAUUAAAAAAGGUUGGAGUCUUGAUAAUAAUGAAAUAUAAAUUCCUGAAUCUAUAGAUUAAAAAACAAGAAAUUUUUCCUAAAAUACUUCAAAUAGUAUUAUAUUCUCAAAUUAAACUGUAAGAGAAAGAACUUAAAAUCAAUCUUUUUCAUAAAAAAAUAACUUAAAUGGUUAAUAUUCUACUAACUAAACUCCUUAUAAUUAAAAAAAAAUCAGUUCGGUUGAUAUUAAUUGUAAUUAUAAUAUCAAUUAUUAGAAUCAUUUAAUUAAUUUGCUACAUCUACUUAAUCAGUUUCUCCAAAAAGAUAAUUUAAAAAACCAAAGAUUAAUUAGAAUUUGAAUUAGUCAUUUUAUAAAUAAUUGUUUCCAUCCUAGAGAUCAAAAAAUAGAGCAUUUAUAAUUAUGAAAAACAUUUUAUUGAAUGAAUCAAAAGGAAUUCAUAAUUAUACCUAUUCUAACAUGUUAUUUAAUUAGAAAUAACUUAAAUAUUGA